AUGCGAAAUAAUUUACUUCGUCUACUCACCAAAUUGUCAACAACAACAAUCGCUUUUCGCUGCAAAUCUAGAACAAAAUUGGCAAUGCAAAAUCCCUUCGAAGUGCCUACUUAUCAAGUUGGAAACCAAACUUACCGACGAAAUUGUCCUCUUGAAAUGGUAAAUACAACAAAUCCAGCAGCUGUUUCCGCCCAAAAAUUUAAUGAAAUGGAAGAGGAGGAAGAAAGAAGUUGUGAAAUGAUUGAAGAAACCACCAGCAGCACUUUAUUGGAAAUUAGAGAAGAACCAGGUUUAUUUUAUAUUUUGAAGGAGUUUUCUUAUUGAAGAUGGAUAUAUAAAAAAUAGUUUUUUUUAAUUGACAGCCGCUCUUUUUUUCUUGAUUAAGAGUUUAUAUCCAAAAAUCCAUGUUUUUUCUUCUUUCUCGUAACGUUUUUAUUUUGUUCGCAUGCUUGAUUGAUCCUUCUCAUCUCUUUUUUAGUAUAGUU